AUGAACAACUCGCUCUCCUCCCAGAACUUCCGCCAGGGUGGCUCAAGCCCAGCCUACGAUUCGGAUCAAUUCGUGCCACAGCAGCAGACCCGCGAUCCUUCCUUCCGCGCUUCAUCUUACUCGGCUCUGCCUCCCUCGGCCAGCCAAAACGUCCAAGGCUACAACGGUCGUCAGCCUGGUAACCCCACUUCUCCACCCACCAUCAACACGGCGCCUUCACGCACCUUUCAACCGUCUCAUGGUCACAGUCAAUCCACAAGCGUCCUGCUCAACUCGUCAUCGCGUCAGUCCUACAGACCCGAUUCACAGCAGCAGCAGCAUCAGCAGAACGCAGCUUCCGGUCGAUCCGGUGGUAGCAUGCGUCCCAUGUCGGCUUUUCAACCGCUAGACAAUCCCGACUACUUUGCCGGUGGCAGGGGCUCCGGUCCCUCCUCGCAAAGACCGCCUUCGCCUGUUGGCUCCAUCGCCAGAUCCAUCCGUUCCACCGCUCAGACUCCGCUUACGUUUAAGAGUCAGGAUCUUCGCAGUGCUCUCAGCCUGCAAGAAUCGCAGCAAAAGAAGCUCUACAUGGAAGGCUACCUGCUCAAACGAGACGAUCUCGGCACCGACGGCAAAGCUCUCAAUGUCGCAGACGAAAAGCGUCGAUGGACCGAGUGCUUCGUUCAACUCUCUGGCACUGUCCUCAGCCUCUGGAAUGUCGAACAGAUGGAACAAGCUGCCAAGCGAGGCGCAGAGGUCCCGCCCACCUACAUCAACAUCACCGACUCGUUCGUCGACUUUAUCGGCCUUCUCAUCGAAGACCCCAAGCUCAUUCCAGGCAGUCGCGGUCGCUACCACCACGCCUUUGCUAUCAACUCGGCUGGCAACAACCGCACCAUCUUUUGCUUCCGCGAUCCCCCUCCCUUUCCUCCCGAGUCGCUCGAGCAGUGGCUCGCCCCAGAGCACCGAAACAAGCCAGAGCACCGCACCGUCAUCGGUUGGCUCAACCUUGGCCAUCGUCAUUUGCAAGCCUGGAUCAAUGCGAUCCGUCUCGCUUCUUGGGAGAAGGUGCGUCUCGAGGAGAUCUACACUGGUGCACUCAUCCGUGCUAGACUCGGUGCUGUCGGAUCGCCGGGCUCCUCCACCCCGGAUGGCAUCAAGGACCCUUCGGCCGUCGGGGCUGCCGAGAUGACCAUCAAGUCCCCUCUUGUCAAAGGCAAGAUGGAAGGCUGGGUCAAGGCUCGCUUCAUGGGCUCCACCGAAUGGAAGAAGGUCUGGAUGGUGCUCACCGACCACAAGCCCGACGAAUCCGAAUUCGGCGCAAAGAAGAAGUUCUGGAAGAUUGGCACCUCCGGAGGCGAUCGUUCCAGCAUCCUCAGCGUCAACAGCGUCUCGACCGCCGCGCCCGGUGCCCCCUCCGCCGACGGCAAGGAUUUGCCCCCUCCUCCCGGUAGCAACGGCGCGCCCGGUGUCGCCAGCUUCUUCGAGAACAAGAAGGACAAGAAGCCCUUUGCCACGCUCCUCUACGCUGCUCAUGCCUUUGCCGUCUAUCCCUCUCGUCCCGAGCUGGUCGAAGGAUCGAGCCUCUUCAAGAUCGAAGGUGUCUUCCCGUCCAGCCAUGUCCUCUCCGCCACUCAUCGCCCUCGCAGCACGGGCUGGGUCAUGCUCAUGCCGGAACUCGAGACUGCUGGCAGCAAAGGUGCCAAUGCCGAGAUGAUGAAGUGGCUCAUCGCCUUCAUGGACUCGUUCCGACUCUACGGUCGACCCGAUGGAUUCGUGUGGGAGGCGCGCGAUCCGAUCUCGCCCUUCUUUGCUUAUCCCAUCGGUCCCUUCAAGGAUCGCCUCUUCCUCGACCGAGAGCUCGCCGAGUUCCUCGAGAUCGCACGCGAGGAUCACCUCACCACUCGAGCCUCGUUGCAUGGCAUCAUGGCCGCACGCAUGCGAGGCGAGCGCACCAAGAUCCUCCAGCCUCUUCCGCCGCCUUCGCAGGGCACUGCCGCUUCCACGCGCAACACUGGCUCUUUCGAUAGCGAGGAAGCCGGUGCCUCGUCGCGUGCCAGCGCUGCCGAGUCUUCCUCGCGACUGCCGCCUCUCAGCUUCGAUUCCACGCAAAGACAGCAGCCUCCCCCUGCUUCGGGUGUGGCCAUGGCGCCGAACGCCUCCAACACUUCGGAACGUUCCUCGGAUCAAAUCGGCAGGAUCUCCAACGGCUUCAAGGAUUCGGCCCGAGGCGAUGCCGACGACGACGCGUCCGAUCGUGCAGCGUCGCCUGACUUUGACGCAUUCCGCCCACCGCGGGAGGCCCGUCCGGGUCCACCGAUCGUCCCUGUGUCUGCUGUGCCGGUUGCUGCUCCCACCGUCGCUCACGCGCCUGCGCCCACCCCUGCGGGUCCUGCAGGUGCGCCAACGUCGAACAAUGCGAUCCCUGCCUCUCAACCUGCACGCGCCCCUGAGUUGGCGCCCAUUCGCACCAUCGAUUAUGCGGGUCAGGGCGAGCGGUCCAGCAUGCGUGCCGUUCCCAGUCCCACAAUUCCAGCGUCGCUCCCGACUCAAGGCGUUCAGCCUGCGUUGGAGCCCACACGCGCGGCAGAACCUUCGCUUGCUUACCUCACACCAACCAGCAACCACAACAACAAUCAUCCUCCCGCUUUGACGCCUUCCUCUCCGAACGAGCCGGUCUCCUCGAGAUCUGCUUCCACCUUUGGUCCAUCGGGCAGGGGUGCAGAACAAAAUCCUGCCGAGCAGCCUCGUCUAACUAAGCGCGACUCGGAUCUGCCCACAAACUACGACGAAAGUGCCCUCUACUACAUGGCUUCCAUCUCGGAUCAGCUUCCAGCCGCUCCGGCGCAGCCUGUCGUGAUGCCCGCGCCCAGCCGCAAUGUGGUGACCAAGGAAAGCUCUCAAAGCUCCCGCCCUCAAAGCCUCGCACCUGCUUCCGGCACCACUUCUGCUGUCCACUCGGAGAACACGCACACAACGCGCCUAUCCUCUGAUCAGCAGCAGACGGCGACUGCAGCCCCGGUCCCGACAGAGCAAAUCAAGUCCGAGCCAUCCAUCGCACCGAAGGCGAACCCGACUCAGGAUGAUUCCAUCAACGACGACGCUCUGGCCGCUUACUCGUUCCUCGAACAGCCUGCGUCCCCCGUUGUCACGACCAAGCAGAUGCCGCCUCGGCCCAUCGAAGGGGAGCGCAGCCCUGUAUCUACUGCGUCGUCCGCAGCGCCGGUUCAACCUGCUACAGAAGCAGCGCCGCAGACGUCUGUGGACAGCACCUUUGGUGUGAGGCCGAGCGGUGUUCAGUACCCUUCUACCUUUGGUCAGAACAAGCGAGCAGCCGAACGCAAGUCGGCAGCGCAGCUCCAGGCUCAAGCACACCAAGAGGCCCUUUCUCGACCUGGCCGUGCCGGUGUCAACAAGGUCAAGGGCAUGCGCCGUCCUGGCUGGGUCGAUGACAGUGAAGAGGAGGAGGACGAGGAGGAAGACGAAGAGGAGGACGACGAGAGCCGGGAGGGCCUGCGUGGUCCCGUUCAGGCUACACCUGCCCCUGGGACCGUCCGCUCUGCUGCCAGCUCGAGCCGCGGCGGCCCUGGCACAGAUUCUCCUGUCCAUCUCGCCGACUCUGUUGGCAGUCUCAGCCGCCCUACGGAUUCGGCUCCUUUCGCUCCUGCUGGCGGCUUCCCUCGAUCUGUGUCUGGCUACGGUGCAAGUGUUCUCGGCGAUGCUCGGUCCGACUCGCCUGGACGCUCGCCUGCACGAACUGGCGUCCCCACUCAUCCCUCGAUCCAAGCGUACCAGCGCCAGUCGAUGUUCAACAACCACCUCGCAGCGACUCACGGUGACGACUCGCGCUCCAACACGCCGCCUCAAGGACCCAUUGUGCGCGACCGUCAGACGUUCCUGCAGCUGAAUCCUGAAGAGCAGCCAGGAGCCAUGACCACCGUGUUCACUCCACACGGUCUGGUGCAAGCGGGUGCGCAGGACAAGGCGGAGCGAUCCGCCAAGGCUCAAGAGGCGGAAGCGAGGGCCAUGGGUACCCACAUGGUCAACGUGCCCAACAAGCCGCCUCCUCCUCAGGCUGGCCUGCUCGGCGCCAUCACGGCUCAUGAGCGCGAUCGCAAGGGAGCCGGUGGCUUUGGUGCCACGCUUACCGAACGAGAGCGCGAGCGCGUUGCAGCCGAACGACGCCAGCGCGAGGAAGACCAACUUCGACAGCAACAGCAGCAAGCACAGCAGCAGCAGAUGCAGCAGAUGGCCUACUUCAACCCGAUGCUGUACCAGCAGAUGAUGAUGUCGGGCAUGAUGGGUGGCAUGGGCGGUAUGGGCGGCAUGGGCAUGAUGGGCAUGGGCAUGCCACAGAUGGGCGCGUUUGGCGGUUCGCAAAUGGGAGGCGGCGGCAGCCAGAUGGGUGGCAUGGGCGGUGGAUUCGAUCCCAUGAUGGCACAGCAGCAGGCGAUGCAGGCGGCUCAGAUGGCCUACAUGAACGCACUGUCGCAGGCUCAUCAAGAAGGGUCCGCCAUGGGGCACGGGUCCGUCCUGGGACACCAGUCGCCUAGCGCCGCCCCUGCGUCGCCAAUGGGCAUGCCCAUGGGCAGCAUGCCGUUCAUGGCGAGCCCACACAUGAGCAUGGUGGGGAUGCCGUUUCCCGGCUACAUGUCUCAGAUGGGCGGGAUGCAGUCCGAGCAAGGCGGAGCCGGUGGUGCCGCCAGUCCAUCGCCUCGUCCGCCUGCAUCCAAGCCCAACGGCCAAGGAUCGUAG